AGAAUGGAGCGCAAGUUUAACUGGAAGGUAAGAAAUGAAAAGGAAAGAAGUAGAAUGCACUUUCCCUUUCAUUACGUUCAAUCGGCCGAAAAUGGCAGUUGCGUUGUCGCGUAAAGGAGUUAUUCUGUUUAUUUUACACCUCAUCUUCUCAACUGCAAAACAGCGACAAUCAAUUCCAUCCAUCCCCCCAUUCACCAACAAUACCCGCCGCGAUGGCAGUCUUACCUGCUGUUCCGUAUGUCAGAGUGCGUGUUGUGAUCUCUGGUUCAAAAACUGUUGAAUACGAUGAUCCCGAUGAUAUUCAAGAUGGCAUCACAGAAGGUUCUCCAAAAAACAGGACUUCUGUCUACAUUGAAUCUAAGACAAAUCAAAGAUUUGGGUUUGAAUAUUGGGUAAACAGCAAGAAGAGAGACAAGGCAAUUGAUCCAGGUACAUGCUUGGGUUUUUAUGCAACAAUUGACGGACGAGGCUGUUCUUCAGUAGUCAUUUGCAAUGAAGAUGGAUUCAAGGCAGGCCAAUGGGCUCAUCAAUUAAACGGAGACCGGAUCCGGACUAAAAGCAGUUUGAAAUUAAUGCCAUUCAUCUUUGCCGAAGUCAAACCAGGUAUACCACUUGUCUCAUCCAAAACGAAUCAUCCAUGACGCUGAUAACAUGCAGGAGAUGAUUCCACAUACGCACCCCCAAAAGUCGCCUUGCAGCUUGGAGAACUCGUGGUUCAGGUUUGGCGCGUCCGCAAAUGUAAUCCGGUGCCAGCUCCGGUUGAAAAGGCUUCCUCCACUAAGAAAAUAAAUGUCCAUGAGAGUCAGUUAAAGGGCAAAGCAGUAUCCCAUGCUACGCAGUAUGUGGAAACAUAUGAUCUGCGAUGUUCAACCAUCAAGCUGAUUUUUACGACAGAUUCGGAGCACCACAGACUUCAUCGGAUCAGGAGACGUUCUACAAGCUUGAAUACAUUGACCCAGUCAGCACGCCACUAGCCGAAUUCCAUUUUAAAUACAGAUCAAGGGACAUUUUGGAGCAAAUCAUGGUGAGAAUAUUUUUGCUAAAUCUUUCUCGAACAAUCAUUUGCUAUAACCUGGAAUUUUUGGGGCGCUGGCCGGAAGCUGUUGCGGGGAAGUUAGGUUUAUUGUUCCAACACUAGUCUCAUUAUUCCAAGCGGAUUUAUUAUUUCAGAGAAUCUGAACGUCCGAGAUAGCUUGAUUGUUCCAAAUAGCGUCGACAUUCCAGAUGGAUCCAAUGUUCCUUGUAGAAUCAAUGCUGACCAUAACGCUAAGAUUUCUUCUCCAGCACAUCCUCGAGUACUUUCUCAAAAUCUCGAUUUAGCACCUCUUGUGACGAAUUCCUUACCCAGAAUACCGGUACCACGCCCUAUCGAUAAAAGACCAUUUGCCAAAGGAAAGGAUGUUAUCAAAAUCUUCGAAGCAUUGACGGGCCAAAAGAAUAAGUCUCCUGCUGAAAUGGCUACACCCUCAACAGCAAAUACGAACUCGGUUAUCACCGGCAAAAUGUUUAAUCAAGUAGCUGGUGCUUUUUUACCACACGCAUUUGGACAAAUAGCCCCCAAGGUUAUAACGAGCACGGUCACCUCCAUCUCAGAGCCGGUUCCAGCAGUAGCAACCAAUGUCCAAGAAGAAAUCCGAUAUCCAAUAACUCCCGCCUUCGGGUCAAUCUCAUCCUUAGCACCUGGCUUUGUCUCGAAAUCUGCACCUGCAAUGCCGCUAGAAACGCCAGCAAAAGUAAUAUGUAGACCUGAUAUUGAGGUAUCCGCAUCAGACGAAUUAAGAGCAGCUUCAGCGACACCAUUAGCGCCUGCGACACCUGCUACACGUGUAGCACAAACGGCCCUGGAGCCUGCCGUUACGCCAUUUACGCGGGUACUAAUGGAAAUCCAAAAAAACUUAAGCGACUUGAGGGACAUAGCUAAGGGUUUCAACGUUGUUAACGUUGUCGAGGUCUGUAUUGACAUUCAAGUUUCCUAUCUUCCUGCCUUUCGAUGAAAGGCGCCGAUGAGAGUGUCUGACAAGUGCCUGUCAGCAAAGUAUCCGAUAGUCCUGACUGCAGUCCAAAGAUUAGAGGCUUUUGGAUCCUUGAAUCCAAAUUGGAACAUUCAAACCAAUGAAGACAUUGAAUUAUAUUCAAAUAUUGAAAGCUUAUAUCAUCUAUUCUGCUAGUUCAGACUAUUGGAAACUCUGUACAGUCUUUGCACAUGUCUAAUUGCUCGAGUAUGAUAAAUAGGAUUUAGACCCUACACAUAUUGCUGGCUCCACUCUCCGUUGCCUUUUAGCGUGCUUAUUAACUAUUCCAGCCAAAGACGAGCGUCUAGUUGCAAGUGCCAACCAUGGGGUAAAGGAGUAUAGAACAUGCCUUCGGGUAUUGCCAUGACACUAACAAUUUUAUACAGAUUCAGAACGAGAUCUCGCGUUUUGGGAACGAAAUUCGGACAGAGGUCGAAGGACAAGCCAAGCCUGAGCAGGCUAAACCCGAGGAGAAUCUGAAGCGCGAGCUUGCGGUCGAUCAGGAUGAAGAUAUUGAAAUCGUGCUUGAACGUCCCGUUAAGAGACGCCACAUCUUUACUGCGGAAGAUGAAAUCAUUGAUUUAACAGUCUAAUGACAUGACCGUUUAAGAAUGCUUCUGCAGGGUAUGUAAUGGGAAGAAAUUGAUCGAGUAUUGGGCGGCAGGAAUGAAAUUGGCGCUUUUGUGAUUUUGGGUGGUAUAUACAACUUCACGACCACAUUGAUAUUUGGACUGUAUUGAUUUCAUAUGUGGAACAUGCCGCAGUGUUUUUAUUAAAGCCCAUAAAUGGAAGCUGUACUAUACGACGGAAGAGAGGCGCGAAAUUGGCGCAAGAAUAUAACAAUGGAUGUCAGAAAGACAAUAUUCAUCAUCAGGCAAAAAUUCCACUGAACUGUGAGUUCAACUGUCAAGCAAUACUUUACUUGCGACGC